AUGGAACCUAAACAACAAACAGAUGUGCAUUUAAAAGCAAUGCUAAACAAUCCUCUGAAAGCUCCACCAGCUGUACCUAUUCCCGAUUGGAAUUCUCCUUCUACAUCUCAAGUUCCAAUGAUAAAACCGAAUAAAUCUCUUAUGACGGUUACCAUUCCGGGAUCAGCCGUAGGAGAACCCCUUACGAAUGUAACGUUGCAUAAUUGCGUUUCCACUGUGGACCUUCAAAUGACGCUAGAUUUACAGACGAUCAACGCACGAACCAGGAAUUCCGAAUACAACCCGUCCAGGUUCCACGGUGUCGUGAUGAGAUUAAGGGAACCCCGAACGACCGCUCUGAUUUUCCGUUCGGGGAAAAUCGUUUGCACCGGAGCGAAAAACGAACACGACGGGUUGCUGGCUUCGAAGAAAUACGCCAGAAUUAUACAGAAAUUAGGCUACAACAUAAAAUUCUGUAAUUUCAAAAUACAAAAUUUAGUAGCGACCUGCGACUUGAGGUUUCCGAUAAAACUAGAAAAUUUGAAUAUGAUGCACGGACAGUUUAGCAGCUACGAACCGGAACUAUUUCCAGCACUUAUAUACAGGAUGAUUAAACCUCGAUUGGUGAUACUAGUGUUUGUUAACGGUAAAUUAGUAUUCACCGGUGCGAAAUGCCGAGAGGACAUCAAAGAAGCCUUGAACAACAUUUACCCCAUAUUGAGGAGUUUUAGGAAGAAUUAA